UUCUGCAAUUGCAUUCUCUAACUGACUCCGUUCUUCAUCUAACUGACAAACUGCUUCCCUGACACCGUUCUGCCACACGCUACGCUCUGCAGCCACACGCUACGCUCUGCAACCACACGCUCCGCUCUGCAACCACACGCUCCGCAACACGCUACGCUCGCUCACAUGGCGGUUACGUUCACUGCGAUGAAAUCCUCCCUCUCUCUCAUGGCUCCUUUUCAGUGCCUGAUCAAGAAGAAUUCGGUUUCCUUCAAACAGAGGCGGGUUGUGAAAAUCUUUGCCAGUUACAACCCUCACAUGAUGAAAAUCGAACUUCAAGAGUUCAAGAUCAAAGAAUGCAUUGAAGCAUUGAAGAAGGAUAUGAAAUCGACAAACCAGAGAUUGGACUUCUUUGAGUCCAUGCUUGAAAAAAUGCCUACCAGUCUUGAAGAUGAAGAUCGUGCGGGAGUUGACGUAAUUUGUUCUCGACUACGUGGCAAUAUCGAUGCAUUCGAUCAUGGUUUGAUCAGCUUUGAAGCUGAAUUGCAAGGAUUGAAGGCUGAAAAGAGAAAGCUGAUAGAUGCAGUUCUCUCACUCUAUCCACCGGUAAAUUAGGGUUUUGCUUAAUUUCAAAUUCAUGUCUCAUUGUUCAAUUUCUAUUCAUUUUGAUGACAUUGAUGCAGUUCUCUCAAAUUCAUGUUGCUUAAUUUCAUCUUCUUGGUGCUUAAUUUCUAUGUUCAUUUUGAUGUUAAAUUCUGACCGGUAUUGACUUAUAUUCUAUGUUAGUCUACAUUUUUAUAUUCUUGGUAAUUAGGAGAGACUGUUGUUCGAAAGAAUUGAACUGCAUGAAUCUAGCCUGAAAGAACGGAUUAAAGCUUGAAAAAAAGAGAUGGAAACGAUUAAGAACAAGCUACAACAGCAUUAUGCUUCUAUUUUUGAGGUCGCUGAACCCAAGGACCUCGCUGUUGCUGAAGCUACGUCCACUCUUCAAAACCUGCAUCACUAUGAGGAAGUUUUGGCUGGCUUCGAACUGGAAGCACAGACCAAGAUGGUUGAGAAACAGAAGCUGAUCCUUUCCAUUCUUUCUAAUGAGAUACACCCCACGGAAAAGGAAAAUAUGCAAAGAAUUGAAAAAGCGGAAAUUAAUCUGGUAAAAGAGAUAAAACUUGUCACAGAGGAUCUAAAGGUUGCUAAGCAGCAAGUUAAUUUCUGUUCUGUAGUGAUUGAGCAUGCUGAAGAUUUGGACCUAGCGUCUGCUAGAAGGAAGGCCUCACUCGCUGGUGCCAAUUUUCGCGAACUUAAGCGUGUUUUGGCUCGGUAUGUGUAUGAACUCAAGACUUUGAUGACCGAGAAGGAAAUGCUCCUCAACUAAGUUCUCUCCCUUUAUCCAACGGUCAGAUAUGCUGGAAGCUUUGGGGCCUGAUGUCAGGAGAAGAGAAUACAUACAAAAUCAAAUGUAAUCGUUUCUUAGUUUCAUAGAGUUGCUCCCUGAUAUGUCCGGGAAAGAGAGAAAAGUACAUACAAAAUCAAAUGUAAUCGUUUUUACCUUUAAAUACAUACUGUAUAAAUCAUAUAUGUUUCAUA